AUGAAUUGGUACCUCAUGUCCGCCGAGCAAGAGUAUGCAACUGCUCAGUACCAAAUCGGUCACCUGUACUACCAUGGUCAUGGCGUGCCCCAGGACUGUGUACGAGCAAUGGAAUGGUAUCUCAAAGCCGCUGAAGGAGGAUAUACAGAAUCCCAGUUCAGCAUCGGCGAGCUCUAUUACUUUGCUCGAGACUACGCACAGGUGAUGGAUUGGUACCUCAAGGCUGCCAAUCAAGGCGAUACUUUUGCUCAAAAUAGCAUCGGCGUUCUUCACUACCGCAGUCGAAGUGUUUCUCAGGACUGCACACAAGCGAUGGACUGGUUCCUCAAGGCCGCCAAGCAAAGGUAUGGCGAUCAUACAAAGGUCGCGAAGUGGUUCUCUAAGGCUGCCGACCGAGGAAAUAACGCCAAGAGAGAAUUGGAGGCCUUUAAGAACAAGGGUGUUGCUGAUGCAAAUGAAUCGCCCACUUUUGGAGCUUCAAAGGAGAGUGCUGCCUGGGUUGAAACUAAACAGGAGACAUGGAAACUCUUGCUGCCAUUGCUGGACAAGAUUAUAACACUUGAGAGGAAGCGUCCAAUUCGGCCCACAAUUUGCUCGAAAGUCCAACACCUCAAAAGUUCAGCCUUGGAGCGGAAGACGACGAUUGCAUGGGACAUGUAUGAAGUUCAGUUUAUAUCGGAGUUCUUCGAUGGACGUACGUCUAUCACGGGUGCUCGUCUAGACGGCGUCGUGGAGGUUGGACACUUCGACCGACACUGCGACGACGAUGCGUAUGAGGUGCAGAGUGCGAUGCCAUUGGAAGCAUGGCUGAAUCUAGUCAAAGGCUCCAUGGAGCAAUUCAAGCACAGGGCAGUGGAGGACAGACUCAAAUCGGCUGAUCUGGUUGUGAAUGAGCUUACGGACUUUGUUAAUUGGCAGAUAGACACGAUGGAUCCGGAUGCGUUCUUGUAA